AUGUUGUUUCUCCAACUUCUUCUUCCCCUGCUGGUCUCGGCCAUCCCGCAACAAACACCAUCGCCCACAGUAACUGGCUUCAUCUCGAUAACAUCACCCCCACCAUCAUCAACAAUUACCCCGUCUCCCAGUCUGCACUGCACAAAUGGAUCAACUGUCACAGUCACCCAUGACUGCACAAUGGGCUUCCCGGUAACCUACUGCCACAGCCCGGAACCCCCGAUUGCCUGCCCAACUGGCUCUUUUCCAUCCGUCUGGCACCCGGGACACUGCAUUACCGCGUCGACCUGCUAUCCACUAGACGCAUCAUGGAUCCAAACGAAAUGCUCAAAUGGAGGUAUUCCAUACACCACAAAAACGCUAUACGCAGGGACAUUAGCAGGCGGCGAAUCCACCGUCAUCAGCGCCGUCUCCUGCUCCUGCGCCCAAAACCAAUGGUAUAGCCAGACGAUCCUCCCUGAUUCGAACAGCGUGGACGUCUUCUGCAUGCCGUCGAGCGCGUGUCCGACGGGGAUGAGCACGUCUGUCCAGACAAACACGUACUGCGCCACGGCAUCGGCGGGUGCAUGCUCUGAUAUCCCGCUGACGACGGGGUUCUGUAAAUGCGAGAAUGCGAAUGCGACGCCGGUGUAUCCGGAUGGCGAUGGGGCUGUGGCGACGGGGUGUGAAUUGUAA